CAAGCUGCGCCAUGCCUGAGGCAAUUCAACUAACAAACAUUUAUGAUUCUUUCAUGCAACUUGGUGAGAGAGUUCACGUCACACUGAGAACACAGCUUGGUAAUAUCGGUCGCUUGAACGCUCAAAAGGCAGUCUGCCUUCAAUUCCUCGAGGCUGUUGAACAGCAUUUGAACAUAAUCCCACCUGCAGAGAGGCAGGUAAUUGAAGCCAGUGUGGAUCGCAUGAUCUAGACACUACAACAACAACAUCGUCUGAUCCACCAGAUGCCAGCCCUAUCAACCUAGGACGUCAUACCCAUACAGGCACAGUCGGAAGACCCAGCAUCCACAUUCUUCCGUCUGAUCUUGCCGUCCUCUCGUCGGGAUGAGUGUCAAGGAGGCGCCUGGCUGAACUAUAUCACUGUCAUCCCCGCACCAUACGCCAUCGACUGCUUGAAUUCAACCUUUCACCUCCUGGACCUCCACCGAGGGUCUUCAAGUGAUCUCUCUACGACUUCAUGUGCUAGUGGGGUCCUUAUGAGCAGAAUUGAUGUACUAUAACUAAUAGAAGUUUUAUGCUCUACAUACUAUAUUGCACGUCACCCUUGCC